CGUGGCGCACCCUUUACGUGCCUGGUUCCCGCCCUCGCGCUGUGUCCCUGUUCCGGGCGGACGGUGUGCAGGGCGAGGUGAAGCCGAGCUGCCAUGGGCAUCGAGUUGGAGACCAUCACUCCGGGAGACGGCCGUACCUUUCCCAAAGCGGGGCAAGUCUGCGUGGUGCACUAUGUGGGUUCACUGAUGGAUGGGACGAAGUUCGAUUCUUCCCGCGACCGAAACAAGCCAUUCAAAUUUAUGAUCGGUAAAAAUGAGGUCAUCAGAGGAUGGGAUGAAGGAUUAGCUCAGAUGAGUGUUGGGCAGAGAGCAAAGCUUACCUGUACUCCCGACUAUGCGUAUGGAGCUUCUGGUCAUCCUGGCGUCAUUCCACCUAAUGCUACUUUGAUGUUUGAUGUGGAACUCUUGGGAAUUGAGUGAAACCCUUGAUAGGUUUGAAUCCUGCUUAUGGCACAGAAACGUGGAGAACCUGGAAAAUUGUGCAUUGAAAAUGUGGGAGCCAGCAAAAAAAACAGUACAUUUACUUUUUUCAUCUACAGUCUGCUGUACAUCAACUAAAAGCUGUUCAUCACAUCAUUUAUCUUUUGGGACUAUAACAAAAUCUGGUGAUCUGAAUCCGAACUCUUUCUUUUGAUAUAUCAUGUUUUGCUUUCUAAAAGACUUAAAUUGUGUCUGGUCAAGAAUCAAAGAACCUAUAAGUAGAAAGGAAAACAAAUCAUUUUAAAAUUCAAUAGUUAAAGCAUAAGAUGAUUGUCCAUCAUAUCUAAUGAUGACAGAAACCUGUGUGGGAGAGUUUUGAAAAUGGAAAAGCUGUUGCACUGUGGCAGUUCCAUUCUCUCGACCUUUAAAGUCCAGGUGCAGUUGUACAAGUUGUCGUCUCAAACUCCUUUGUUGCAGUAGAUGACCAUGAUGUCUUCUGUGCCUUGAAAUGCCCUUUGCUCUUCAAAAGAAACUGCCUUUCUGGCUGUAGGAUCUCACUGUAGAUCUCACCUGCCAGAGCUGACUUCACAUGCUAAGACAGGCAUGUCCCUAUCUCACCGGAGUAUGAAACCCGCUGUCUACACUCAUCUGGUUAAGUCUGCCUGUUGAAGUGAUGUACCAGGGUUUGGCUACUGUUGCUACUUGGAGCCACAGAUGAGAGCUGGGUGUCUGGUGGGGACCAAAGGUGAGUGAGCUGCCCCAGAAUGAAUUGGACAAGCCCCUCCACUAGAUAUGCAGCUCCUCCCUGUACACCCCACACAUAAGAUGAUCUUCUUGAAUUGAUGUAUUGAAAUCCAGUGACAACGAGGGAAAGUGGAUUGCAUAUUUUUAAACCCAUAAUUGAAUAGAGAAGGUUGGCUUAUGGCUUACAUGUGUUGCUUAAGUUCACAUCUAAACACUUGGUAUUGAUGAUUUAUCCAAAAUUUGCAGAAAAUUGAUACGAGCUGAAAUGUGGGCUUUAGUUUGGCUGGGUAAGGAAAAAGGAUUAAGUUAUCCCAUUGUUUGUCUAAGUUUUUAAUUCCAAUACUUUGCUUCACAUUUUUCUCUAUAUGUUGUCAUUUCACCAUAACCUAUAUCGUAUUUGGAGAAUGCUGCUUUUCUUUUAUGGAACAUUUAACAUGGCAAAAUGUAGCAGCUCAUUCUGAAUAACUAACACCAUUGGUUAUGUGGUGGGGGCCUGAUAUUCAUCUCUACCUUUACAAAAAUGAUUUGCAGCUUGGGCAGUUCCCUAAGAGAACAUACAAUGGUAGCACUACAGAAAUCAUGAAUCAUCACAAUCAUGAAGUGUUUUAGGACAACUAUUCAGAGACCUCUCAGUCUUUAUUAAUAAUGUAGGAGCUAUGAAACUGUAAAUUACACUAUUGUAUGGGGUCUCCACAUUAUUAAUGGUGGGGUAUUUGCACUAACCCUGUUUUGGAGCCAUUCCAGUUUCCGGUUGGGGUAGUGACCCUUUUCCUAGAGCCACUGCUCUGGAUUUCCUCCAGGUGUUCUGUUAUGUUCCCACUUCCUGAAAGUGUGCAGGUUGUUAUUUUAAUUGAAUACCAUAAUUACUCCUGGUGUUGGGUGAGUGGGUAGAAUCUGGAGGGAGUUGAUGUAAAUGUGAAGACAUUGUUUUAUAAAGGCAUUAAUGUAAGAUUGGUGCAGUCUAAAUGGGGACUGAAGGGUCUAGCUGAUUCACUGCUGUUUUUCUUUUGUUUCACAUUUCCUUUAAUGGAAUAAGCAGUGUAUCUCUUCAUAACAAGUUAAAUAGGUGCAAGCAAAUUAUGCUGGUCAUCCCCUCUUCAGUGUGGCUAGUGAUUCUUCUGUUGCGCUGUAGCCCUUUAAUCAAUUCAUUGUAAUUCCAAAAUGCUUUUACAAUAAAAAUGCUUUCUACCAAUUCCAGCA